GAUGCAUAAGCAGCUAAAACAAAAGCAUUUUAUUCUUUGCCUUCUUUCCAAUUUGCUCAUGCCUCUUGUGUCCUCAUUUUCCAUCCCUCUGGAGAACCCUUUGUGCUUGAUUUGGCACCACCACUAAAUCUGGGCUCCACUGUGUGCCCAGCUUCCUCCCAGGAACAUCUUGGACUAGCUGCCUCUGGGCAGAAUUUUGGUCCCUCCUGACAGCUGACAAGUGUGAAAGCAGGUGUUGGUAGGCUGUGGUGGCCAACAGGUUUUUGGUGAACUGAGUUUAUUAUAUUUAUUUCUUAACACCUUUAAGACAGUUUUUUACCUUAUUUGGAGCAAGUAGACUUGAUAUCUCUAAAGAGGCUGCAUUUCAGUCAGCUCAGACAGGGGUUUUUAUUAGGUCUGACCUUCCUGUCUCUGUGUUCUGGAUUUAGUUCUAAAAUUCAAAUUUCCUCCCAUAUUUGGGAGGUAAAGGGAGGUUUGUAGUGUGGUUUACAUCAGUAUGUUUACUUAUGUUGGAGGACAGUCCAAUAAUCUGUGAGUAACACAGUUUAUAUGACAAAUCAUCCCCAUGCAAUUAUAAUCAGUUGGAGAAAAUACUUUUAUUUCCAGUCUCUGGAGAUACAGCCAGAACUUUUCGUUCACAUGGCAGCAGCAAACUCUUCUCCACCUGGUUCUCUGGAUCUAAACCAGCCUGGGUUUGCAAAGGAGAUCCUAGGAACUAAACUGGAGGUCAAAUACCUGUGCUCCGAUUGCAAGAACAUCCUCAGGCGGCCGUUCCAGGCACAGUGCGGCCAUCGCUACUGCUCCUACUGCCUGAAGAAAAUCAUCAGUGCUGGACCUCAAAAGUGUGCUAGCUGUAUCCAGGAAGGAAUAUAUGAAGAAGGAAUUUCUAUUUUGGAAACAAGCUCGGCUUUCCCAGACAACGCGGCACGGCGGGAAGUGGAGAGUCUGCCUGCUGUCUGCAUCAACAGCGGCUGCACCUGGAAGGGAACCAUCAAGGAGUACGAGGCUCACGAUGAAGUCUGCCCUGAAUUCCCGCUGACUUGUGAAGGCUGUGGGAAGAAGAUUCCCAGGGAGAAGUUUCGGGACCAUGUGAAGACAUGUGGCAGGUCCAAAGUACCUUGCCGGUUCGAGGCCGUGGGCUGUGCUGAGGUGGUGGAAAAUGAAAAGCUCCCGGAACAUGAAAGGAAGUGUUUGGCAGAGCAUCUCUACAUGCUUCUGAGCUCUGUGCUCAGCCUCAAGACUGGUGCUGGGGACCUGAAACCCCUUCCUGUCCCUUCCUCAUCACAAAACAGUUCCCCACUUCUGGCAGCAAACUCACUGUGCUCAGAGUCGGAGCUCUCCAGGUCCCUAGAGCUCUUGGGAAGGUGUGAGGCCCUUGAGAGGAAAACAGUUACCUUUGAGAACAUUGUCUGUGUGCUUAACCGGGAGGUGGAAAGAGUGUCCCUGACAGCUGAAGCCUACAGUCGCCAGCACCGGCUGGACCAGGAGAAAAUCGAAACACUGAGCAACAAGGUCCGGCAGCUGGAGAGGAGCAUUGGGCUUAAAGACCUGGCCAUGGCUGAGAUGGAGGAGAAGAUCCGCAACAUGGAGGCUUCCACCUAUGAUGGGGUUUUCAUCUGGAAGAUAACGGAGUUUGCCCGGAAGCGUCAGGAGGCGAUAACAGGCCGCUCUCCGGCCAUCUUCUCUCCAGCUUUCUACACCAGCAAGUACGGCUACAAGAUGUGUCUGCGCGUCUACCUGAACGGGGACGGCACCGGCCGCGGGACCCACCUGUCCUUGUUUUUUGUGGUGAUGAAGGGACCUAACGAUGCGCUGCUGCGGUGGCCCUUCAACCAGAAGGUCACCCUGAUGCUUCUGGACCAGAAUAACCGGGAGCACAUCAUCGAUGCCUUCCGCCCUGAUGUGACAUCCUCAUCCUUCCAGCGCCCUGUCACGGAGAUGAACAUUGCCAGUGGCUGCCCCCUCUUCUGCCCCGUGUCCGUCAUGGAAGCCAAGAACUCCUACGUGCGUGAUGAUGCCAUCUUUAUUAAAGCCAUCGUUGAUCUCACGGGCCUCUAACCCUCCUGACCUUGGAGCAGUGAGCAUGGAGCCAGCACUGCCCAGGGCAUCUCCCGCUUGUGCUGCACUUCAGGCGGGUCUCAGAGCAAGAGGGGGCACAGGGAGUGGAAAAGCCCUUCCUGAAAAGGGACCUUUGCUCUGAGUGGAAAUGAGGUGUCUGAUGGGAGCCCUCUUUCCUGAGGAGAGGGUUAGGUGGACACUGGCAGGCUGUGGAAUAUGGAAGAUUCCCUGCAGGGACUUGGAUGUCCGAACUGCUGCUGUCUGGACUCCAGUGGAAACCAGUGCAGCUCUUUCUCUACCAGUUUAGCUGACAUCCACAGCUCUCUGUAGUAAAACAGCGGUUUGCCUUGCCUGAGCUCCACCUCCUGUGGAUUUUGGCUCAGCUGUCUAGGAUUUCCUUCUGAGAUCUCCAUGUUCCUGGAAGUUGUGUGCUGUGUGGGGUGCCAUGGCUCUGCACUGCUGGUUGCUCCACACCCGGGGAGACAAGGAGGGUGUGUGACAGCUGCAGUGCCAGCUGGGCAAGAGAGAGACAGACUGGUUUGGUGCCAUUGGUGUGUUAGGAGGGUGCUGAGCCUAGCUGCAGGGCAGGGGAGCCCUGAGUCUAGCCCUUCCUGGGUGUGUGAUGGGUGGUGUGUGCUGGAGUGUGGAAUGGGGCAGGAGGUGCUGCUGCCCAGGAGGGACCAUGGGGCAGCACCAGGGAUGCCUGUGGGGAAGAAGUCAAUCUGCUGUGGAGAUUGUCCCUCCUGUGCCAGGAGAGGAGGGUGACACAGAGCUUAGUGUGCACCCUGAGAGCUCCAAGCCGUGCCCCUCUCUGCCCUGUGUGCCAAGCAGCACUGGAUGGGAUGGGUGCUGUGCUGUGGGAGCUGUCUUUGCUCAUAGGCAGACACAGAAAACUGGCUUCGUUUCCACAGCGGGACAGCUCCACCAGCCUUUCUAGGGCUUCUGCUGCUGUUGAGCUCCAUGUCCAUCUGUGGCCGCACUGCCGUGUCUCUCUGGGCAGUGCAACCUUGGGCUGUGGGAUGUGUACUGUCUGCCCAUGCAUUGUGCACUGCUGGCCAGCCCCUGGACUCUCACAGCACCUGUAGUCACCAGCAGCAGGUCUCCCUCACUGUUCCUCCCCAUCCCUGAGCUCAGGAGUCAGCACCUGGUUCCAGAUGGCAGCACCUUGGACCUCUUCCUCCAUUUAGCCCCACAUUGAAUCUGCAGCCACCUGGAUAGGAUCUGGGGCCUGGAGAAGUGAAAUGUGCCCUUUCUGCCACUGGGUUCCUUCCUUCUGGGCAGCCCAUGUUCAGCAACCAUGAGAAGGUCUCGGUGUUAGUGGGGAAGAACUGGCUGCCACAUCCCUGCAGCAGAGUGCUUUCUGCAGCUUUGUUGUGGCCAUGGGUAGCUCUGGAUGGGUCCUGAUCCAGGGUGAACUUGAAGCUUUGUUGCCUCCUUUGCCUGGGCUUCGCACACCCCUGUGAGUGGCUAAAUGUGACAUAGGAGAUGUUGUGUUGGUGACAGGAACCAGCUGUGAACACCCUGCAGUGAUCAGGGGCCCUGGCUGGCUCUUGUGCUGUUCCUCAGGCAGUGGGGCUGGAGAAUGGUCACCCUCCUCAAUGGCUGCCAGGGAUUGGCCCUCCACUGCCAGCAGCUCCUGCCAGGUGCCCAGCCUGUGUCUGAGGCUGCAGGGCCUGGCGGGCUUGUGGUCUGCUCACACCUUGGCUCUGGCACAGCCACCCUGAGGGGUCCAGAACACCAAUCAGGCUCUGCCCUGGCAGGGAGCCCUGCAGGGUCUGGCUGUCCCCGCCAUGUGCUGGCACAGCCCUGACCUGCCGCUGGGGCUGUUUGGAAUGUCCCUGCUGCUGCCAAGGAACUCAGGGGCCUCUUAGCUCUCCUGACCUUGGAGCAGUGAGCGUGCCCAGGAACUCAGGGGUGCCCAAUGGCCUGCAGGCUGAGCUGGACCUUGGCCCAAGCUGAACCUCUUGCACCCACAGCUGCUGUGCUGGCCAGGUGCUCUCAAGAUAGGUGUUGGGGUGACCUGUGAGCCCCCUUUGGAAUCGGUGCAUGGAACUUCUCACAUGUGUGUAUGCAGCGUCUGGGAACAGACCCAGCCCCUGCUGCUGGGGGAGGGGGACAGAAGCUGGUGACAGCACAGCCUGAGGUGGGAGAGGGGUCACAGGACCCUUCCCUUUGUGUAAGUCCCCUCCAGCCUGUUCCACGGGACAGAUCAAGCCUGUGUUGCUGCUCUCACCCUGUGCCUUACAAGGAAAAUCCAGGCUAGCAGAGCCCUGCUCCUGUUUACAGCAACUCCCCAGGGAUGCUUGGAAAAGCCUGGGAAGGGAGAGGAAGGUCAGCUCUGCUCACAGAAUUGCUGGUAGUUAAGUGUUAUGUGGGGGGAGCUUGUUCUAUGUUGAUCAGAAUGUCUGCUCGUGGGGUGCUGCCUACAGCAGGGCUGGGGGCUCUGGCCAGGUAGUGCCAGGAGGGACUGUGGAGACACUGGCUCAGUUGAGGGGGGGGGGGGGGGGGUCUGGGCUGCUUUCAGAGUGGGAACUGGUGCUCCUGCCCCAGCACAUGUUUGGAAGGUCUGUAGGAGAGUUGGUGCUGCAGCAAAGCUCAGGCUGAGCUCUUCAGGCUAACGGGCUUACUGUUGGAGGAGAAACAUGGCCUGUCAGCCUGUCCCGCUGGGAGCUUUUUCCUCCCCAUCCUUCUGGUACUGCUGAUGCUGUCUGGGCCUUUUUUUGGCUCUUAGCAGCUCUGGAGCUGGCAGCAGGAAUUGUGCUUAUGUACUGCAGGCAGGGGCCCAGCCCCUUCCUGGGCACAGCUCUGCUGGCCUGGCAGCCACAUGGAUAAACACUGGGCACAAGCCACCACUGGAUUUUUGUGGGUUUUUUGUUUUGUUUUGUUGUUUUUUUUUUCCCCUUUUGACUACACCAGCUCAGCACUGUGAACUAGGUUUUGUUUUCCUUGAUGGUGUAGUAGUAUGGUCAGAACCACUAAUAAAAGCUGUUUGAACAGCAUUGCUGUGUAUGAGCCAGGGGAUCCUGGGCACAGCAUGGGGGAGGAUUGUGUCAGGGUAGGGGGUUUCUGUGCUGGGGGAUUAUUUCUGUGCUGGGAACUCUCCCCAACUCCUGUGUCCCUGGAGGAGGAUUCCCAAACAAGGAGGGAACAGGGGGGGUCUGUAAUGGGAAGGGAAGCAGCUGGAGUCUGGCUGCUGGAGCUCCACUGGGCCAAAGGCCAGUGGGAACCAGUGCAGCAGUGCUGGGCCAGUGGUUCCAGUGGUUCUGCUGCUAAGGCAAACCCAACACUCCUGUUCCUGGGCUGUAACAGCUCUGAGCUCCUCCAGACCAGGCUGCUUUUUCCUUACUGCUAUUGGGAGCCCAGUGCCUGCAGGAUGCCUGUUCCUGCUCCUGCCAAGCUGCAGCACUAGCCCAGAGACUAAACCCAUGUGGGGGCAGCAGCCUGGUGGCCUCUACUCACUGUGUAUGGAAGAGACAAACACAAGGAAUGACCAUGGGUGCCUGUCCCCUCUGGGAAGCCCCCAGACUCCCUUCAUACCACAGCAGCUGCUGCACCAGGGAGAUGCGAAGGGCAAUGAGGGGACAAGUGGCAUUGCAGCUCAGGAGGCUGCUGUGGCCCAGGAAUGCCAAACAGGAUUGGAGGGCUCUCUGCUUACCCGUUCUGUGUCUGUUAGUGCUUGGAAAAACAUAAGUCCAGGAGGGACCUAGCCUACCCUGGAACCUGCAGUGUUCAGCCCUGGCUGCCAUGGAUGCUUGCUGCCCUUUGGCCAUCCCUUGCCUCUCUCCUAUUGCUCACAGCUCUCUACCCACACU